AACAUCUGUUGAGCUGUACUAAAUAUUGCAGUCUUUAACUAGAAGCCUGUCCAAUUUUUUGUUGUUAAAUUGAUUUAUUAGUUCAUUUCACUCAAAAAUGGAGAGGAUUAUCAGUUAACUCAUGUAGUUUUCCUAAAGCAAAGACAAAAAAAGCAUACCGGUAGCAGAAAACAAGGAUGAACUAUAAAGACACAAAGAUGAAACUCAACCCGGACCAGAGUAGACAACAAACGAGCAUCAAGAUAUGGCUGUUCUUCUCCUGUUUUAUAGACUUGUUCGGAGCGAGUCUAAUAAUCCCAGUGUUCGGAACACACCUGCGCAGCCUUGGCUUUGGACAUACAUGGGUGGGAGUGCUGGGUUCGGUGUAUUCCGGGACACAAUUCAUCUCAGGACCGAUUGUAGGUAGUUGGGGGGAUUCUCACGGUCGACGCCCUACUCUCUGCGCAAUCCUGUUCACCUGUUCUGUUUGUUACCUGCUUCUCGGCGUUGCGACAUCGUUCUACGCCAUACUUCUUAUUAGAGUGUUGCUGGGAUGUGUGAAACACACGCAGACAAUCUGUAAGACUCUAGUGGCAGACGCGGUGGCGCCAAGUGAGCAAGCGAAAACACAGGCCAGACUGAGUGCGUGUGCGUCACUCGGGUUCACCGUUGGACCCGUCAUAGCUGGACAUGUGUCUGAGAUGGAGAACGGGUUUCUGUACUUGUGCGCGUUCACUAGUUUCUUAUUCUGUGUCAACGGACUAACAGUGUUCUGCUUCUUUCCCGAUUGUGAACAUCCUAUCAAUAGAAAACUACUUGAACAGAAAAACAAUUCUGCGAGGAGUAGGAGGAAAUUUAAGAGAAAAACAAUGAUUGAAAGUGAGGAUGUUAGUGAGAUUUCAACGAAGUCUCUAAAUGUGUGUAAACUCGAAUCAAGUGUGUUCCGCAUCUUAAAAGAUUUAACUUGUGUUGAAUGGAGUAAAUUCUGGGAUGUAUUCGCAUUCAAGUUCAUACUAAGCACCAGUCUAUCAUUGUUUUUCAACAACUAUUACCUGUUCGCCCAAACCAUGUACGGUAUCUCAUCCAAGCACAUCGGUUACCUAAUUUCCGUGCAAAGUUUAACGGCAGCAUUAUUCGGCACAUCAAUCGCUCAUUUCCAUGGUCUCUACAAUAAUUCAACACCAUAUUCUCGUAAAAUCCUCCACUGUUUCAUUGUGUUCACUGUGUCAUUAUGCGGGAUCCUGACAGCGCCCGGUGUUUUGAUGUACUAUAUUAGUGUGAUUAUUCUGAAUGGGUGUACAGCUUUAUUGAGAACUCUAACUACUGAACUACUGCUCGAUAGAACUUCGCCUGAACAUAGGGGUUCGUUGAUGGGUGCGGGAAACAGUAUCAACUCUUGUGCUAGGUUCGUUUCGCCGCUGGUUGCGGGAUUCAUCCAAGAUCGGUACGGCACUUCACAGGUGGUGGUAGUGUCUACCUCUGUCGCCUUUUUAGGGACCAUAUUGUCGCUGACUAUGGGAAGUUACGAACAAAAAAGUAAAUCUGAGUAAAUCUAAUCAAGUAAUUAAAGAUGGUUCAGUCACAAUAACCAUCUACAAUUAUAUACUAUCACUAAUUCAGAAAUGAAAAGUUGAUGAUCCAAUCUUCAAAUUAAUAAAGAUGCUUCAGCUACGAGAAAAAGCUUGAAAUUGUUGCCGAGCAUUCUCGUUACUUAACCAUCUAUACUUCUAUACCAUCACUAAUUCAGAAAUGAAAAAUUUAUGUUAAAAAUCCAAUCUUCAAGCAAUUCGGUACACUGUUUUUAUUAUUUAAAUUGGACAAUCUUUUUCAAUAUAAUUGUUAAGAUCAUUAUAAGAGUGAGAAAAAGUGGCAACUGAAACUUUCAAGUGGUCUAAUGAGCGAGUUAUGGGUUGUUGAAGUGCUAACUUUCCAGAUCAUAAACGGUUUCGACUAUAUUAUUAGAACUUCUCUUAAAAAUUCAAAAAAUGUAUUCAAUACCUUUAGAAAGGUUUUUAAUAACUUGAACUAUACAGGUUUUGAAUUGGACAGACUCAUUCCAAUUCAAAACCUGUAUAGUUCAAGUUAUUAAAAACCUUUCUAAAGGUAUUGAAUACAUUUUUUCAAUUUUUAAGAGAAGUUCUAAUAAUAUAGUCGAAACCGUUUAUGAUAAUCCUCUUUCCAAACUAAAACAUUUCAUUUCCCAUAUCGUUCAUAAAUAAAAAAGUAACAUUUUUUGUAAAUUCGAUAACUUGUUUAUUUUGGCAUUAAUCGCGAAAAAAACGCAUGUUAGAACCAAGCCAAUGAUAUUCUGAAUGUAUUAAAAAAAACUCCAAUGGAAAAUUCCGUACCGUUCAUGAUCUGGAAAGAAAGCGGAGUUUAGCACUUCAACAACCCAUAACUCGCUUAUUAGACCACUUAAAAAAUUUCAGUUGCCACUUUUUCUCAUUCUUAUAAUGAUCUUAACAAUUAUAUUGAAAAAGAUUAUCCAAUUUAAAUAAAAAUGUGUACCAAACAGCCUUAAGUAAUGGUUAUUUCUCAAGAAAAAGCUUGAAAUUACUGCAUUGCUUUUCCUCGUUACAUAACCUUCUAUACCAUCACUAAUUUCAGAAAUGAAAAAUUGAUGUCCAAAUCCAAUCUUCAAGUAAUUAAAUAAUUACUGUCUUGCUUUUUCUCGUUACAUAACCAUCUAUACUUCUAUACUAUAACUAAUUCCAGAAAUUAAAAUUUGAUGAUCUUUGUGUUUUGGAAGAGUGAGAUACAGGUUCCAGUUGAACUUAUAAAUAUUCAAACAACAUUAACGUUAAUCUACUAACAUAUCUAAAUGGCCAUAAAUUCAUUCCUAGUCAGAAAAUAUAAUUGUUGUUUUCUAGUUUCUUUCAAUUGAUAAACGUUAGUAAAAUUAUAAUAAUUAUUAAACAAAAAACCAAAUUAGUUGAUGUCAACCACCUCGAAAACUUCAGCUUUGGAUUGUUGAUAGAAAUAAAAUUAAUGGGGGUUUUGUUUAAUAAUCAUUACAUAGAAAUUAAACAUUUUAAUAAGUGCAGUAUCUAAUUUCUGUACAUCGUCUGUAUGCUGAUGAAAUUACUGUUUCUAGUACAAAAAUGUGAACCAAUUUGAAUUUCAACUUAUAGUUAUUUUCGAACGAGAAUGUGAAUACAUUCAUCUUGUGUGGCGUGUGACUCAGUGAACGUUUCAUUGCAUUUUUGUAUUACAUUUUAUUGAAAUUACAGAGGUAAAACCUUUGUAACAUUCCAAUCAAGUUUACCACUGAAUCUCAAAAAAUGUAGGAUGUCGAUGAAAUAAUUGAUUCAAUAUUAGUUAUAAUCUAUAGUUGAUAGCAAUUUUCAGAUUCAAUGUCGAAAGAGAACAAAUUUAUUCGAAACGCACAAUAGAGCGUUGUGAGGAAAUUAAAGUAUCGUUGUCUUCUAUCAGAAUUUAUUCAAUUAGGGCUUAAUACAAAAAAUGGAUGUAUAAAUUCUUUCAUUGUAAAACGUUUUCCUUCGUAUUGUACUGAAUCUAUUUUUUAUAUGAUUUUAUAUGCAUGUUCAAAUACAACUACUAUAUGGAUUCAUAUAUUGAUGGGUUUUUUCCAAUGUAUGUAUUGUGAUGUAACAAUAAAAAAUAUUUUUCUUUGUUAUUAUUUUUAAUUUAUUGAUUUACAUCCCAAUCACAGAUGAUUUUCAUCUUAAUAUUACAAAUAAUACAAUAGACCACCCUGAUAAUUUAAUACAAAAUAAUUUUCAACACAAUGAAU